CUACGUAGUAUCUAUUAAUCUGUGGUGUGCGUCGAACAGCUGAUUAAUCAAAAUAAAAUACAAUAAAUAUUGCGAAAAUUCAUACAACUACGCAAAACACAUUAUUUCUUUGACAAAAAUAAAUUUCAAAGUAUUGUGUUUAGUUUAUAUAUGGUAGCUUUUAUUAUUAAUUAUGGCGACUAUGAUAAAAGAGAAACGUCGAGAGAAAAAGAAAACCAAGAACAAACAUUCAUCAGAAACAGAAUUUGAUGGCAAAGAAAAUCUUGAAUCUCAAGUAUUAAGUGACACUAGUGAUAAAUGUAAUGAUAUUCAAGCUUCAACUAGCAUCAUUGAAAGGCAAUCUUCAACCCAUGAUAUUGUUGGAGAUACAUUAGCAACAACUCUAACAGAAUAUGAUCAGGUUCACAAUCCAGAACAACUAAUCACUUCUAUCUCGACCGAGUCUGGUCUUAACAAAACAGUGCAUACUGUAAAUCAAGGUAUAGAAGAACAGGGUGUUACAGUAAAUGAUGUCACCAAUGAAAUGAACAAUGUUGUACUAGAAGCUAAAACAAAUUUGGAAGAUGUGGUCUCAUUUAGAACUUCAGUAUUACAAGAGAACAAUACACAAGAAAAAAAGAAGAAUAUUAGUAAAGUUCAAAAAAGUAUUACAAGCAAUGAAGUAGUAGAACAAGAUUUAACAUUAAAUUCUAGUUCUGUACCUAACAUCCUAUAUCCAAAAGAAGUUAUGUUAGCAGAAGAUAUCGUAAUACCAUCUGCACCAUUAGCACCAAUAGAAAUUGAAUCUCAACCUUAUGUAAUGCCAUGUGAAAGUGUUGUAAAGAGAGAUAAAGUCACUUGUAUGCCAUUAGAGGAAGCUGUCAGAGUGUUUGGGGGUAAAGAGAUAGCUGAAGUUAAAGAUUUGAGUCAGAAAGAGGAAGCAUUGGUGGAGCUGGGGCCACAGAGUGGGCCUGAUCAUCCAUUAGUGGAUCUUUUAUCCACUUUUAGAACGUCUCUGAUAUCCAUAGAGCGGGAACGCAACCGCAUCAGCUGUGGCUACGCCAGCGAAGAGAAGUCGCGCUCCGGCCUGUGGGCGGUGGAGAAGCGCUGGGCGAACGUGUCGGAGCGCUGCGCGUGCGGCGCGGAGGUGAGCGUGUGCGCGCAGUACGAGAUAGCUACGCUGCGUACGGAGAAGCUGCCGGCCGCGCGCCUGCGGCUCGACGCGCUGCUGCGGGACGUGCGCGACUGCUACUGCCACCACCAGCAUGCGGCGCUGCAGGCGCAUUACGAUGUAGAUGAGCUGAUGGGUGAAAUCCUCAAAGGCAACAAGGGCGGCGUCCGAGAAGCUCUGCUGCUGGUGCUGCAAGCGCUGCAGCUCAGCGACGCGGCGCCCGACGCGUACGCUGCAGCGCUGCAGCGGUGGGCGAGCGUGCUGACUUCGUCGCUGCUGGAUCAGAGAGAUCUGCGCCAGUUGCUGUUUCUGCUGCAUUGUCUUUUUAGACAGACGCGCUCGGUGCAGUGGGCGGCGCGCGUGGUGCGGCUGCAGUGCGCCGACGCGGCCGCCGCCGCGCGCCUGCUCGCCGUGCUGGAGCUGCUGCUGGCCGGCCCGCUGCUGGAGCAGGCGCACGAGUGCACGGAAGAAGCUGAGGCCUGGGAGGAAGUGGACGUUCGCGGCGAGGGCGGCGGCGUGGCGGAGGGGCGGCUGCGCGAGCGCGACGUGCUGGCGCUGCUGGACGCGCUGCCGCUGCGCCACGUGCUCGCCAGGCUGCUGCUGUUCCACAGGCCGGACAUAGAGCAGGAAGACGCGCAGUCGUGGGGCGGGCGCGGCGGGCGCGGCGUGCUGCGCGCGUGCUGCGGCGUGCGCGCGCUGCUGAGCGUGCUGCGGCGGGCGGCGCACGCGCACGCGCACUACGGCCGCCUGCGCGCGCGCCUGCGGGCCCUCGCCGCCGCCGCGCUGCACGGCCUGGCCGCCUUGCAUCUGCACUGCAGAGAGUCGUACGAGCAGCACCUGCGAGAGCGCAUCGCGGCGGAGCUGGAGGCGUGCUUCGCGGCCGGCCUCGACGCGCCGGGCGAGGGGCGCGCGCCGCCCGCCGCGCUGCUGAGCGCCGCCGCCGCCGCCGACUACUGCCUGGCGCUGACCCGCGGCCUGCACGAGGAUGCCCCGCUGCGCGUGGAGUCUCUGUCGGCGAGCACGCCGCGCGCGAGCUGUGCGCUGCGCGUGCGCGCGGCGGCGCAGGCGGCGCUCGACCGCGAGCUGGACCACGGGCUGGCGGCGCGCGUGCUGGACUUUCUGUUCCAGGUGGGAAUAAAGAACAAGUCGUCCUGCGCGGGCGCUUGCGACGCGUCCGCGCGCGCGCUGCUGCCGCGCCUGCUCGCGCUGCACCGCCUGCACACCGGGGCGCUGCACAUGCUGGCUGACUUAUACCAAGUGUCUAGCGUGCCUGCGGCGCUACUGGAGCCGCUGGCGCCGCAGCAGUGGCGGCCCGCGCCCGGCGAGCUGCGCGCGCUGCUGGACGACUGGGCGGCGCGCUGUGCGCCGCUGCUGCAGCCCCUGCUGGAGCGGCUGGACUAUACGCCGCACACGGGCCUAUCGCUGGAGAGCCAGCUGGUGGUCGGCUCGUGGCUGUGCGCGUGGCUGCGCGGGCGCGAGGCGCCGGAUUGGGCGUGGCGGGUGCUGCGCGCGGUGCACGUGCACCGCUCGGAGUGGGGGCUGCCGCUGCACGCGCCGCCGCCCGAGCCCGCCGACGACCUGCUGGCGGCGGCCUUCGCGCUGCUGGCGAGCGACUGGGGACACUGCCUGCCGCUGGUGUGCGGGCCCGGCGCGGCGGCGCUGGCGCGGCUGGCGGGCGUGCGGCCGCGGGACGCGCUGCACUGCGCGGCGCCGCUCAUGCGCGUCAUGGCGCAGUCGCCCGAGUCCGUGUCGCUCACCCCCACGUUUGCGGAAGUGUUCACCACGAUCCUGAACUCGGGCCCGUCGCUGGUGGCGCGCGCGCUCGGCCGCCGCGAGCCCUCCGCGCAGGAGCUGCUGCAGCAGCUGCUGCUCCAGCAUGUGCAGGACGACAGGAUGUCAGCGCAAGAGCGCAGUGCAGUGCUGUCGGCGUGGCUGCACGCGCUGUGGCGGCCGGGCGUGCCGGCGGGCGCGCGCGCCGCGCUGGACGCCGCCGUGCGCGCCGCCCGCGACUGGCGCACGCUGGACGCACACGCGCGUGCGAUGCUGCAGGAAGAGAACGCCAAAGAGUUGCUAGUGGACGCAGUCCGGCACGUCGCCGCAGCGCCGCUGCUGUGCGAGGCGGCGCUGCGACACGCGCACGCGCGCGAGCUGCACACGCACGCGCACGCGCGCCUCGCCGACGAGCUGGCGCGACAGCGGGUCGCGGGGCAGAAGAUACACGUGGAUAAUGCGCUCAAGCAAAUAGGCUCGAGCCUGUCGCACGACGAGCUGGCGCUGUCGCGCUGUGCGGGCGCGGCGCUGGCGGCGGCCCCGCAGCACCCCGCGCAUCUGCUGCUGUGGAGACUGCUGCUGCACAUGUAUCUGCAGAGGCCGCCCAGUGCACCGCCCGAGUCAUCGCUACCGGUCGGGCCGAUGUUGUUCAGCGGGCUGGUCAAGUCCCGCACGCUCUCGCAACUGAAGAAACGUCUCCAAGAAACUGCCGUCUAUCACCGAACUCAGGCAGAAUUACUAAAAACCAAACAUGGAAAUAUCAUUAGUCCAAGCACAUCGGAAAGUUGUAUGGAGAAAAAAUCAAAUCCCACUUCUGACAACAGUUUAUUUUCACCUUUAGCGAUCAAUGAUUUGACCGGUGGCUCCGAUUUGGAAUCCGACGACAGUUUGUCAGACGAAGACGGCAACAGAGCCGGUGAUAGAGGAGUGAGAGAGACGAGCGCCGAUGGUGAUACACAUCAUCUGAUGUGUUACCACACUGCAGCGGAAAAGAUAGUGCGCGAAUACUUGCUGUGGCUGGAGGAAGGCGAGCGGGUGCGCGCGGCGCCGCACCACGCCGACGUGGCGCGCUUCCUGUCCGAGCAGAUGAACAAUGUGCAGGCGCUGGACACGGCCUGGCGCUGUUCUCUGAGCAAUGAGUCGAGGUCCCCCGCGUCCCCCGCGUCGCCCCCCGCCGACCCGCAGCCCCCGCCCGCCGACCCGCAGUUGUCGGAGCCGGAGUGGCCGCCGCCGCACACCACGCACUGCGAGCGCGCCCUCAGAGCGCUGGCGCAAGUCGAGAGGAAAAAGAGACGCAGGUAUAACAUUCCAAAUCUUUCAACCAUCGAUGAGGUGUACUUGAGAGACGCUCAGGCGGCCGUUGGUAUGAUCCAGAAGCAUCUCGCAGAGCUGGAACAACUCACCAAGGAGUGGAGCUCGGAGCUGCAGCGCGUGAGCAAGCUGGACGCGCAGCUGUGGGAGCUGCUGGCGCGCCUGCGCGUGCGCCGCCCGCUGCCGCCCGUGCGCCGCGCGUGCGCGCAGGGCUGCAAGCCGCUCACCGUGCACAUAGCGAAAGACGAAUGGUGCAUAUCGACUGGGGCCGAGCAGGGUAUACAGGAAAACAGACGCAGCGCGUGCGCGGCGCUGCGGCGGCUGGCGCGCGCGCGGCCCCGCGUGGCGCGCCUCACCUCCCGCCUGCGCGGCAUAGGCAGUCGUGUGCGCAGUCCGGCGGCGGCGCAGCGCGCGUGCGAGCUGGCGGCCAGCGCGGCGCCGCGCGUGGAGCCGUACGCGCCCGCGCGCGACGCCGUGGGCGCGCUCGUCGACGACCUCGCCGCGAGGUUUAUCUGCGCGGAUGCGGCGCUGGCGGCCACGUACCUGUCGCGCUGGAGCGCCGGCGACGACGCGCAGCGGCGGCUGUGCGCGCUGCUGGUGCGGCCGGCGCGCCUGCCGCCGCGCGCCUGGCCCGCGCUGUACGCCGCCGUGCUGGCGCUGCCGCUGCCGCCGCACGUCGCCUUCAGCUACCUCUCCAAGUUCGAGCUGGCGCCGUGGGCGGACGCGGCCGACGCGAGCGCGCGCGGCGCAGUGCUGGACGCUCUGCUGGCGGCCGCGCGCCGCCUGGGCCCGCAGCCGGACGACCAGCAGCUGAUGCUGUUGGAGCUCGUGGGCGUGCACUCCCUGUCGGCAGUGCGCGGCGCCGAGCUGUGCGCGCACGUGCUGCGCUGCGCCGGCGCCGCGCUGGCCGCCGCGCUGCCGCCGCUGUACCUGCAGCACCUGGCCCCCGCCGUCGACAAGUACGGCGAGGACGUGGACUUCGAUGAGCUGGGCCACUGUCUGCGCCAGCUGGGCGCGUCGUUCUGGUCGGCGCGGCGCGACGGCGAGGCGGCGCGGCGCGCGCUGCUGGCUGCGUACGCGCCGCACUUCGCCGACGCGCUGUACGCUCUGCUGCGCGCGUUCGUGGGCGCCGGCCUCGCGCGCACCUACGAGCCGGCCCGAGUGUCGCUGUACGCGUGGUCGGCGCUGUGCGAGACGUGGCCGGCGUGGCUGCUGCCGCACGGCGGCGCGCUGCUGAGCCUCGCGCACCCCGACCCCUUCCACUACUCGCUCGCGCGCUUCGGGGACGCACUCGACAUGCUGAUGCGAGAGUGCCCAGAUUGCGAGGACGUCGUGCUCCGGCAAGUGUUCGAGUGGGCGCUGCGCGCGUACCCGUGCGCGGAGCAUCGCUGCUCGCAGGAGGCGCGCGCGCAGCUGGCGGCGCUGCUGGCGCGCCUCGCCGCGCUGCCGUGGGCGCGCCAGUGGUUCAGCGUGCACUUGCUGGACCUGUGCAUACAGGUCAGCAGGUCGAUGGAGCAGGAGCUGGCGUCGUGGUGCGGCGUGCGUCUGCAGCACCAGCGGGCCGGCGCCUGGCUGCACGACGCGCCGGACGAGCACCUGCCGCACACGCUGCCGCUGCUGCUGGAGCUGUUCACCUGCCAGCGGCUGGCGCUCCCCCGCACGACGCUGGCGGAGGCGGCGCGCCUGCCGUGGUGGCGGCUGUCGGAGGCGGCGCUGGGCGAGGCGCUGGCGCGCUACGUCGCCGCGCACCACUCGCCCGCGCUGCCCUACCACGAGGCGCCGCACUUUGAUCUCAUGCUGACCGUCUGCCAGCUGAAGGCGGCGGAGGACCCGCGCACGCUGCAGCACCCGCAGGCGGGCGACAAGCGCGCCGCCGCCGUGUCGCAGUGGGUGCGCGCCGCCGCCGCGCCCGCUCUGGCGCCGCACGUGCCCGCGCACACGGCGCGCCUGCUGCGCGCGCUCGCGGACUUGGCCCCGUACGUAGAAGAGACGGAACUGGAGCACCUGCUGAGCCGUGCCGCGGUGGCGCUGUGCAUACAGCCCGUCGCCGACGGCGCCGCGCCCGUGUGGCUGCAGUGGGCGGGCGAGUGCCCGGCGCGCGCGCGCCGCGCCCUGGCCGCCGCCGCCGGCUCGCUCACGGCGCUGCCGCAGUUCGCGGCGCUGGGCGACGCCGUGGCGCGCGCCACACUCGCCGACGAAGAGGGCGGCGGCUGGCGCGCGCUGAGCGGGCGCUGGGCCGCGUGUCCGUGGCGCGAGUGCGGGCCGCUGCUGGCGCGCGGCGCGCUGCACGCCGCGUACGGCACGCUGCUGGCGCACGCGCACGCGCCCGACCAGCUGCGGCAGGCCUUCGCCGCGCUGCUGGCGGCCGAGCACCACUUCGCGCGCGACGAGCUGGUGGCGGCGGUGUGGGUGUGCGUGGCGGCGCGCGCGGCGGGGACGGCGGGGGCGGCGGGCGAGGCGGCGCGCGCGCUGCUGUUGCGCUGGGCCGAGCAGCGCCGCUCGCUGCUGCAGCUGGUCACGCUGCACGCAGCCUCCUCCUGCCCCACGCCGCAGCUGCGGGUGCUGCUGCGGCUGGCGCUGUGCGUCGUGUCGCCGUCGGAGGGCGCGCGGCAGGCGUACGAGCAAGCCUGCGAGGCGCUGCCCGCCGCCGCGCACGCGCGGGCCUGGGCGCGCGACGAGUGCCCGGCGCCGGCGCUGCUGCCGCGCCUCGCCGCCAGCCUGUACCCCGGCCGAGAGGUAUACUUCAAAGAGGAGCUAGAAAUGGCCACAAGUCUAUAGCAAUCAUCACAUCAGGAGACGCCAAUUGUGCAAGAAUUACUUAAAUAACAAAAAAUCGCACGUUUUUCCUGAGUGAGGAGUGGAAACUCUUGUAUUUUGUACUCUUAUAUUAUAACUACCAGCAUUAAAGCAGUCUGCGCCCAAAUCCUCCCUUACGAGUAUGUAGAAGAUAUGUGGCCUGCCAAAGAUUAUUGUUGUAGAAACCCUAAAGUUUAAGAUUUAAGUCGACAGACGUCAUGCUCAACAAAGAACACGUUUCUUCGACGUGUGAUUUGAAUAUUAACUUAGUAACUUUGAUUUUAAAUUUUCUACUUUAAUUAUUACCAGUGAUGACAUAACUUGAUAUUUCAAAAGUGUUACUUCUUCUUGACAUUCAAAAAUUUAGCCCAAGUCAAAUAAAUGAACUUUGACUUAAUUUGCUCUCUUUAUAGUUUGUAGAUCACAUUUAUUUGUGUUUUAUGUUAUUGUUGCAUUAUUCUCACUUACACAAAAUGACUAUCAAAUUAGUAAAAGCUUGAUUAACACUGAUAUACUCCUACAGACGUACACAGAACAGAUAGCCAUAAAAAUAUCGCUCAUUCAUUCUUCCUCGCAACUAAAGAGAGCUAUAUUUUCGAUUCAGCCGCUAUUGGUCGACAAUUUUCUACUUCUUCACGAAUUAUCUCAUUGACUUGCCUGACAUUUAUACUAGUGCAUUGCACUUUUUUAUACUCUGUAUAUGAUUAAAUAUACUUUGACUGUUGAAUAUUGGUUAAAUAAAAGUCAUUUCCAUACAUAUAAUUUUUUAUUUCAUCUAGAUCAAUAAAUAAUGUUGGCUGACUAGAAGGGUACUACAUAUCACAUCUACGUAGAUAUAAUGUUAAAAGUAUUUUUAUAUGACAACUCUUUUGUUUAUAAUAUUUAAUUAAAAAUAAAUGUGACAAUACCUUUUAAAA